AUGUCUUUGGAAAAGGAAACUAGAAGUUGGUUCCAAUUCAGUUUCCCCGAUCCAGAUCUGUCUCUAUUGCAAGACUUGACCGCUCACGUGGAAGAUCAUGAUGGCUUUAGGAAGAGAUAUGUCAAUCUUUUAUCUUUGAUGAAGGUUAAAGUGGAUAGCAUGGAUUUGAGGGUUCUUUCACAUUUUUAUGAUCCAACGUAUCAUUGUUUCACUUUCCCCGAUUAUCAAUUGUCCCUGACUCUCGAAGAAUUUGCUUACAUUGUCGGAAUCCAAACCCGUGAUAAGAUUCUUUUCAUUGGAGGAGAAAAGGAACCGAAGCCCCACAUUAUAAAGGCAUCUCUGCACGUCCCAAAGGUUGAGGUAGAAAAUGGCCUCAUCACUAAAGGUGGAAUUUCUGGUUUUCUCAUCAAGUAUUUGAGGGAAAGAGCUUCACAUUAUGCCGACAUGAGGAGUAAUGAUGUGUUUGAGGCAAUCUUGGCCUUAAUGAUUUAUGGGAUUCUACUCUUCCCAAGCUUCAAAUACUUUGUCGAUAUGGAUGCUAUUCGGGUUUUCAUGACUUGUAAUCCGGUUCCUACUCUUCUAGGAGAUGUCUAUUACUCUAUCCAUUUUAGGACAAAGAAGAAAGGUGGAUGGGUCCAUUGUUGUGCACCUAUACUGUACAAGUGGUUUAUUUCGAACUUUCUCUAG